AUGUCUACCCGGGUUCAAUUAUCGAAGAAACCAUCGUCAAUCGGAAAUCCACGCCGAAUGCUCAAUCAUCCUUGGGACGAUGCCAGCAAUUUCGACACAAAAUGCAUACACGCCAAGGAAACACUGCUGAAAAUCUCCUCUUGGCUCUUUGAAAUGAACUGCUCUUUGCGAGGUAUUGUUCCUCAAGCUCAAUCGCAUUCGCGAUCUCCGGGCGGGAGUUACAGUCCGGCAGAUGAAAGCCGGUCGCUAUCCAGCUUCCCCACCAUCUCGUCAACAUCGCAUUCAACAUGGCACUGCCACGGUACAACAAUCGAUCCGACGUUUACAGCCAACGACGAACUUAGCCCCGAAUGUUUCGGCCUCGAACACAACGCCAGCUUACCGAGUCGCGAUCCUGCGCCAGACGUGUGCGCGGCAAUCAAUCACCGACAUUAUCCUCGCCUUGCGGUCUGGAAUGAUUCAGUCGCCCUCAUCGCCAGCUCUCAUCACCCACACAGGAGCGUCUUCCUAGCAGCCAUAUUCUGGCUACUGGUACACUUCGAUUUUUCGCUCGUCGCGAAGAUACAUUUGCCUGCCAACCUGCUAUUUGUUUAUCAGCCAGACAGAAUAGGCAGCUCGCCCGUCUGCGAUACGCACGCACAAACUCCAGCCGCAUUCUCCACGAUGUGCUUCAGCACCCUUCGUGCCUGCAUACCUGCAUUCACAGGACGUACCACAGCACGCUCGGGAUGGGUGGAAACCUGCCGAUGCCCUACAGGGGGCGUGGAGGGCAAGGAUGCCCGCCGAUCUUCACUGACAGAUCGCAGAAUUCCUCACCAUGCCGCUCCACCGACGCUGCUGAAGAUCACCAAGACCCUAUGUCAUCAUGCGCGACGCUUAAGAAUUCUUUACCAAGCCGCCAUUGAACUCGUCGCCCGUAUCAUUUUAAGGGCUGAAUCGUCGUCCUCGCUGGACAGGUAG